AUGAGCCACCCAAGCAGUACUGUUGCUUCUGCUGGCAAAGUGGCCUUUGUCACUGGCGCGAACGGUAUCAGUGGCCAUGCCAUCAUCGAACAUCUCAUUCGAACACCUGAGUCAGCCUGGUCCAAAAUCAUCGUCACCUCGCGGAGACAACUUCCAUCGUCGUGGGUGGACCCUCGAGUGGAAUUUGUGGCCCUUGACUUUUUGAAGCCGGCUGAGACUAUCUUGAACGAGAUCAAAACAAUCUGCGCAGAUGUCACACACGCCUACUUCACCUCCUACGUUCACUCCAUGGACUUUUCCACACUGGCCGAGAAGAACUGUCCUCUCUUCCGGAACUUUCUGGAGGCUGUUGACGCGGCCUGCCCUAAGCUUGAACGCGUGUGUCUCCAAACUGGUGGUAAACACUAUGGGUUGAUGUUCCGGGAGUUUUCCACGCCUUUCCAUGAGGAUACCCCACGGUACGAGGGCCCCGGGUCCAAGUCGAUCUUUUACUAUGAGCAGGAAGAUGACCUUGUGAGGGUGCAAAAACGUCGCAACUCGUGGCAUUACAACGUGAUUCGCCCAAUGGGAAUUAUCGGAUACACUCCCCAAUUCAACGGUAUGAACGAAGUUGUCCCGCUCGCUCAGUACUUCCUUAUCUGCCGGGAGCUCGGGGAGACGCCUAAGUGGCCAGGAAAUCUUCGAAACUACCAUCGAUCGGAGGAUCAAUCCUAUGCUCCUAGCAUUGCCGACCUUACAGUGUGGGCGACAACCCAAGAACACUGUCGGGAUGAAGCCUUCAACCAUACCAACGGCGAUAGCAUCAUGUUCAAGUUCCUUUGGACACAUCUCGCAAAACAUUUUGGCGUUGAAGUUCCUAGUUACUCUUCUAUGCCGGAUAGAGAGGAGCCAGAGCUUGACUUGGUAGAAUGGGCACGUGAUAAGAAAGAAGUAUGGGAAAGGAUUGUGGCCAAGUAUGGUGGCCGAGUUGACUCCUUCCAACUUGACGGAUUUGCCAUGUUGAACUGGGGCUUCAACCCCACAAUUACCAUUAGCACCCCAUUCAUGAGCACUGUUGCUAAGGCUCGCAAGUUUGGUUGGAAUCGUAUCGAUGAUUCUUAUGAGGCUUACAACCGCACAUUCAAGUCCUACGAGAAUACCGGUAUUCUGCCUAGCCCCCGCCACCACUAG